CAAAUGACCAAGCGAACUUUAUCGAAGCAUCGCACCUGGAUGAAACAUCAAUGUCUUCGGAGUGAAAGCUUGGCUGUGUAAAAAUAUGUCAAGCUGCGUCUCACUUCUUCGGCCAGUGAAUACACUAACUUUGAUAUGCUGGAAACACUUUAUCGCUUGAUGAAUCAGCCAACUAUGGGAAACAGUCUAUCGAUGUCUGAUGACGGUUUAUCGAGUGUCUCCGAGGCAAUGUGUUCAACCUGGGAAAUGUCGGCUGGAUGAUACCAACAACGCCAUAUCCGUAAUUUAAGGUAACCAGUGCAAUAAAGGAAAUUUCCUUUCAGUAGUUAUUUACCUUGUACCAACUUUGUGGGUAACAGCCUCAAAAAGUAGCAACGACUGGUCUAGACUAUGGAGCAUUACAAUUAGGACUAGCGAUUGACACUCAAAUGAAAUCAAACAGCUGUUUUGAGUAAAGCGCUACAUUCCAAGUCGGUUGAGUGAACAUCACCGUCUCACGGUUCUUCUCGGAUUUUCAGUUAGCGUGAACGCAUUUUUGGUUAAGAAUCGUGUCGUAGUGAACGCUUAGUAACACAAAACUGUACAUGAAAAUUUUAUUCAGGAGAAAUCAUCCCAUCUGCGUAUCAGUGGUAAUUUGAUAUAUUUGUUCCUAAAGACGCAUGUUGCGCAAUCAUAUCGAGCACAACCGCGUUAGCCAACCACACCAACUGCUUAGUUUGACUCUACCCGAUACCUGUCCGUAUACUUUUCCAUUCGUCACCUAUCUAAUGCAAUUGCAGUUGCGCGCACGUAUUAGGGUACGAAUUUCAUUCACCCCUUUGACGUGAAAGCAGUUAUUGAUUGGCUGUUCAGUGGAAGAACCAAAAUUACUUCUAGGGGGUGAACAACCACACACAAACCUCUUGUACCAAGCAACUACCGGGUGUUGGAUAGAAGGGAUGUGCAAAACACACCACACUUGUACGGAACAGGUAACAACCCCGGAAAUCAUCGUGCAACUGCAGAAGCGCCCUUUCGCCCCCGGGUUGCAUGGGGUAUUUGUGCAUCGCACCGAUGCAGCCAGACCCAGGUUCAGGCGACGAAGCGGAAUGGUCACCGUAAAUCUCAAGCAUUGUCUAUGAAAGCAGAAGGUUGAUGUCAGAAGAUUUAUGUAAUGUAGUUGUUACACCAGAACCAAGUGGAUUGUUUCCACGGAAGUGAUUACUUUCAACAAGGCGCGAAUGAGUUAUACCAGUCAAUGGCUUGCUGACCAUCUUUUGAGUUUAUGUAUACCAAUUAACCCGGAAUACUGAGAUCAACACUAAACACAUCAGCUGUAUCUGACAUCGUAAGGCAAUCAUGAACUGUUUUGUAUUCUGUUGGUUGGCAACAGUACUGUUCCCUGCACAAGGGUGCUUCAAAUCAGCCAUGUACUAUCGGGCUAAAACUCGUUCCAACUCACACAUUUUUCUACCGGGAGAAUAUCAGCCACCGCAAUUGGAGCACACAAUGGAAGCCAGUGGCCCGUUGGAUGCACGGGAUUUUCAACAUUCCGUCCCAAGCAAGUGGCUUGUGCGUGUGGAUUCCCCUUACAUCAGUUUCGAUUCGGAGGAGGCCAGAUGGAUGACAGAAGGUUGUCGUGAUCGCCUCAUUAAGCUGGCAACUCAAAUCCAGAAUGUUUGGGCAAACCAAGAAGUGAAACUACGUGUCAUGCGUGCUUGGAUCAAACCGCCGCCAAAUUACAAACCUCGACCACAUGCUGAAGUCCCUACGCAGCAUAAUACACACAGCGAUUGGAAAAACGGGGACCGGGACGGAACGCUUUUAUAUGAGGGGAGUUCGGAUCAAAUCGGUUCGUCCCAGCUUCACAGGAAAGAAAAAUUAGUAACUGAAAGGGAUAAAACCAGAGAAGAGGAAACGCCAACAAAACACAAGAAACAGCAAAAGUAUGCUUUGACUAAGACCAGUAUUCAUAACAACAACCAAAUUCUGAACUUGAUGCCAGAAAUGAUAGUCGAUGAGGAACCCCAGACGAUGUUGCAUCGUAACAUGUUUGAUAACAAACUUCUUGAUCAGUCAGCCCCAGCAUACUCGGCUUUGAACUACGGUUCAAGACCAUUCGCUGAGCUUCGAUGGGCUCCAUGGCGGACCUCGAAAAGUAAACCGGGUUCGCACCCAUCCCAUGUGUUCAACACACCGUCUCGUCGACGGCUAGCAAAGAUAGAUGACUUCAGCAGAGGCUCGGCCUUCUCAUCCAAUCAAAUGUCUCGAUUUCCACGGGAUUUUCCACCAAGUAAUUUGACCGUCGCUAUCAGCCCAGCCGAUAGUCGAGGACGCACCCGCAGACUGUUCAGCAGAUCGAUUGUGGGGGCGCAGUUCCAAUCAACCGGGCGGUCGAACCAACAAGUUAACACCAUGACACAAGCACGUUAUGAGCAGUGGCUUAAUAUGCGAAUGGAAGAGUUCCACUAUGCUGGCAGGGCAGUGGAUAUUCAGCUUGCAUUCCAACCCUACAGUAAUCAGAGGGAUAUUGAUGUCAAGAUUGGUCUACUUGCUCAGAUGGCAUUCUAUGUCGCGCAGUUUGACUGGUGCUAUUUCAGUCGUUCCCGCCACGUACAUUGUUCAGUAAAGCCAGAUUCCAGUAUCACUUCGCAAUGGUUUGGAUGCUUCCCCGGAUCUGCCAAGCUAACGAAAGAAAAUGGAACCGUCAUCAUGAUGAGGGAUCUAAGCAUCGGUGAUCGAAUUCUAACCCUGGACACCACUACUAAUUUGUUGCUGCCUACCUCAGUUGUAGCCUUCAUUCACAGAGACGAACAUAUGUGGAGGCCGAUGGUGAAAGUCACUUUCGAAAGCGUCUGUAAUGAGCCCUGGUCCCCACUUGGAAGAUUGUCCUUUCUCAAGCUGACACCAAACCAUCUCAUUUAUGUGUCCAGGUUAGCAGGAAAACGCUUACAGAUAGCUGCUGUAUUCGCUUCUAUGCUCAAAUCCGGGGAUUCUAUAUUGGUGACUCCUAAACUAAACGGAAGCUCGUGUAAAGGUGUCAUUAUUAACAUAACUGUACAGAAUGAAUGGAUCAAAGAAGACCUGGGGAUGUACGCUCCGCUAACCCAAACGGGUACAUUAGUUGUAGACGAUGUCUUCGUGUCAAGUUUUGCUCAGUUCUCGAACGAAAGGAUUGCGUACUUAAGCACUUUGCCACUAAAUUUCUACUUUGUUAUAUCAUGUUGGUGGAAAUCUAUACAGACCAAAGUUUACCACAACGGCAUUCACUGGUAUGCCCGAUGGAUAUACCGACUCACUUCACCAGUCUUACCAAAGUGGCUGUUUUUUUCAGAAACUUGAAACUUUUGGAACUUGAUAUCCUACCUUCUCUCACCGUUGUUUGACGCACCUUGAGACUCCCACAUAGUCUCUGUAGUUAUGAACCGGAGUUCAAACUAUUGUGCGCUACCGUGACUCGGAGGCCAACUAGGAACAAUCAAACGUUCACAAGCGCAAUGUAAAAUACUCCAUGAAAUGCGUCACUGAUAAGCUUCCGGAAGAAACAUCGUUCAACUCCUUCACCGCUCCCAGUCUACUCUCCUAAUAAAAUCAAUGACGCGUAUAAAUGCUGUGCAACUUCGGCAUUUUCAUCAGUUAUGUACAUAGAAUUGAAAACUUCUCGGCACUGAGAUAAUACACAAAGCUGAACGG